UAUUUUAAAGGGACACUGAGUAGGAAUUACUCCCAUCUAGUGGUGAAAUUGUAUUUUGCAUUCAAACUAAUUUUGCUCUCCAGCGCCUCGCUUUUUCAAAUGCGCGUUGCAUCUACGGUAGGCGAUAUGUACCAAAAAGCUUUGACAGGAUGUCUUCUAAUAGCACUUCGUCGAGUUUUCCUUCAGGUGAACAGGUGUGUUAUUUCAAACAAACUGCAACAUGACAACUAACAAACACAUGUUACAGUAUGAAUUACUGACUGUGGAAAACAUGAAAUAUUGUAAUUAGUAGUUAUGUCUAAUUUAUUCGUUAUAUUUUCUGAAUUAUAUGCAUUGUUAGAUAUAAAAAAAAUAUUAUAAUAUAGAUUGUAACACUGACUUACCUGUCGAGAAGAAAACUGGCCACUUCAGCGUCUCUUUUGAAAUCUUUAUCCAGCAUUAGCUCUUUCCACCUAGAAAAAGCUUCCCCGACAUUAACUCUUGUUUUCUGUAAUCUACUGUCACGUUUCCUUUUACGUUCCAUUUUUGACUGUUUUGGCGACGAUGUUUUCUUCUCCUGUGGCGCGGCAUAUGUAUGGUCCAUAAUAAGAAUGCAAUCCAGACUUUUAAACUUGCCGGUGCAGUUUCAAGCGCCUCUCACUGAUCUGCACCUGCGUUUCUGGCUCUGACCGAAAACGCGCUGUGGAAACGCGUUGGCUUAGUACUUUUUGUCCCUCUCUGCUAUUAUAGUUUUGCAAGAUGGCGGAACUACAUGGAAGCCUCCGUCGACCUACCCGUCCCAUGUAUAUAAAGAUAAUAAAUUCUUCAUUUACAAGGAUUAGUUUAAACAUUGGCAUAGGUAUUUGUACACCAUUGAGGGCAUAUUUAUGAAUAAAAAUAUUGAUUUUAGAUAAUAAAAUACCUAAAAAGUUACUUAUUGUCCCUUUAAAGCUGCCCCGUCCUCCGUCUCCCCCUGUGGUCAAACUGGAGACGCGUGUGGACUCAGAGUAUGGGAUGCCAUCUCAUUUACACUGCUUCUCAGCGCUCAGGAGAGAGUGAAGGUCAGGCUAGAUUGAGAAUGUUUUGAAUGUGGUUUGUUUUUGCAUAGUUCACUGAAGGGGCGGAGCCAUCUGUCACCAUCAGUCAGCCCAAGUCCCGCCCACACAUCUGCUGUGUGCCAUUAUAAUGAACUCUCAGUAAAUGACUGUCAAUCAGUGUCAGGUGUCGACGGUGCCAUCCAUCAGCUUUCAAACCUUUGACUCUUGAGUGCUUUCAAAUAUUGGUUCAAUUGAAACAUUCUUCAUUAACUUCCUGUGAAAGACCCCCAGCCGAUAGAGGAAGAAAGGAAGGAAAGGAGAUAGACAGAUGGAGGGACAGGGAGAUGGAUGGAGCAAGACAGAAUAGAAGUUCCCGUUUGAACUGGGACUGAUUGUGGCCGUGGUUCUGCUGUGUCUGAGUCGUCUUUACACCGACAUGCACUCUGCUCUGGAUGUGAUCUGUGGCGUUGUAAUAUCAGUUGUCAUCGUGGCUGUGUCGUACUUGUUCUUUGGAAACAUUGAAUACAUUCAGCUGAACAACCAUCUCUCCCCCAUAGUGGGGGUGGUUCUGCCCCUCUUCCUCUCCUUUAAGUACCCCGAGCUGGACCAUUACAGCACAACACGGGGGGACACCACUAUUAUUUUAGCAUGCUGUUCGGGAUGUUCAGUCGGGUACUGGAUAAAUGAGCACCUGGGUUUGACCUUUGACCUUGACUGGCCUUUUCCAGUGACCUUUGCACUGCUGACCCUUGCAGCGUUGGGUGUGGGUGUGGCGCGGUUCCUGGUCAGGUUAGGGAUGCUGGUUCUGACCCGACAGGCGGUGCGCUGGGCGAGUCUGCGGGUGCUCAGUCGAAUUGACGGAGAGUCUGUGAGUGACGUCGAUGCACGCAGAAGGAAAGAGAUCGAGGUGCCUUAUAAGUUCAGCACAUAAGUUGCCAUCAGACUGGUCAACAGUAUCUUGGUAAACAGAGUGUUUGUGAUGAUGGGACUCUGGGAUUUGGGAAAUUCUGUAUAAUUUAUCAGUGUUUGCAGGCAAGUUUAAAGAGAAUCCCAGUCUAUAAUAUCCACACAAAUCUGUUUAGGAAUAGCUGGCACCUUUUAAUUCUCACAUUAAUUCUCUGCAAUAAUCCAAAAGCCAAGGAAAAACCCUACUGGGUUUUUUAUCAGUUAAGCAGGGUGAUGCUAACUUAAUCGGCAAAAGAUUUCCCCACACUGAUUUUCUGACUGGUUCAAGAUGGAUGCACAAAUUAUUAAUACGCAUAUUUAUGCAAAGUAUCAGCAACAUUUAGCAAAUGUGCAUUUGGAGUCUGGUCUUUAAGGAAAAAGUUUAGUUUUGUGAUGUCACAAUGACAAGCUGCUGAUGCUAG